GGGGACACUGUAGCAGCAGGUUUGCGAGAACAGGAGCUGAGCCAGGAAUCAGAGCGAAAGAAACGGUUUAGCUACUGUUGGAGGAAAAAAAACAAACACUGACACAGAGAGAGAGAGAAAGGGAGCUAGACUGAGAGAGAGAAAGGAUUCUCUUCCUCGCUGACCCAUGAAAGAAGCCAUGCCUGUGCUCUCAGCAGGCGGGGGGCUCCACGAGACACUGGCCCUGUUGACCUCCCAACUGCGUCCUGAUGCCAAUCACAAGGAGGACAUGGUAUUCCUCAAGGACGUCUUCAGCGAGAAGAGCCUGGGCUACCUCAUGAAGAUCCACGAGAAGCUGAGACAAUAUGAGAGACAGAGCCCCACUCCAGUUCUACACAGCGCUGCUUCUCUGGCAGAGGAUGUGGCCGAGGAACUGCAGAGUGGGCCAAUGAGCGUCGAGGAGAAGGAGCUCAUGCAGCUGUUGACUUCACCUCAUCUGAAGGCGGUUCUGUCGGUCCAUGACACUGUGGCCCAGAAGAACUUCGACCCUGUGCUGCCUCCACUGCCUGAUGACUUUGAGGACGAGCUGGAGGAGGAGUCGGUGAAGAUCGUCCGCCUGGUGAAGAACAAGGAGCCUCUGGGGGCCACAAUCAGGAGGGAUGAGACCACAGGAUCUGUGAUUGUGGCUCGCAUCAUGAGGGGAGGGGCCGCAGACAGGAGUGGUCUGGUCCACGUGGGAGACGAGCUCCGGGAGGUGAACGGCGUCUCCAUCAUCCACAAGAGGCCGGACGAGAUCAGCCAGCUGCUGUCCCAGUCCCAGGGCUCCAUCACGCUGAAGAUCAUCCCCGCCAUUAAAGAGGAGGACCGUCUGAGAGAGAGCAAGGUGUACAUGAGAGCCCUGUUUGACUACAUUCCCUUGGAGGACAAGGCCACGCCCUGCCAGGAGGCGGGACUUCCCUUCAAGCGAGGGGACAUCCUGCAGGUGGUCACCCAGGACGACCCCACGUGGUGGCAGGCCAAGAGGGUGGGCGACAGUAACCUCCGCGCCGGCCUCAUCCCCUCCAAACUCUUCCAGGAGAGACGACUGGCCUACAGGAUAAAAAUGGGCACGCUUCCGAACCCCAAAUCCCCUAAAACGCCCGUCUAUGACCAGGGAUGUGACAAAGAGGACUGUGACUGUGAGGGCUAUUUCAAUGGACAGUACAUAGUCUCUCCUAAGUGUAAAGCAGGGGCGCCCUCCUGUGGUCAGGUGUUUUCCUGGGAAUUUUAUUCAGCUGGUCUCAGGAGAAGUUUCCGGUUGAGCCGUAAGGACCGUCCGGGUUCCUCCGGUGAAGCCAUUGCCUCUGAUCCCGGAGACUCGGACUUCCUGACCUAUGAGGAAGUGACCCGGUACCAGCAACGGUCCAAUGAGAGACCUCGUCUUGUGGUGCUGAUCGGUUCUCUCGGAGCACGCAUCAACGAGCUGAAACAGAAGGUGAUUGCUGAGAACCCACAUCGCUAUGCUGUGGCAGUACCACAUACCACUCGUCCCAAGAAGCCGCACGAGAAGGAGGGGGUGGAGUACCACUUUGUCACCAAGCAGGCGUUCGACACCGACGCCCAGAACAACAAGUUCAUAGAGCACGGAGAGUACAAGGACAAUCAAUACGGCACCAGUAUUGAGGCCAUCCGAUCAGUCCAGGCCAAAAACAAGAUGUGUCUGGUGGACGUGCAGCCUGAGGCUCUGAGGACGCUGCGGACGGCUGAGUUCAAGCCCUACGUGGUCUUUGUCAAGCCUCGCGUCCCUGAGAGCAGACGGCGCCGCAGUGCUGCCACCUCGCCUACAGGGGGCGAGCAGGGCCGCGUCACGGAUGAGGACCUCCAGGAGAUGCGGCAGUCAGCCAUCCAGAUUGACCAGCAGUAUGGUCAUCUGGUGGACCGGGUCCUUAUCAAGGAAGACACGGCCAGCGCCUGUGGGGAACUGCGUGGCGUUCUGGAGAGGUUGGAGCGGGACACCUUCUGGGUGCCCCUCAGCUGGGUGCGAACCUAACUCCCUCCCUCUGUCACCCUCUUGAGUGGGGGUCCCAGUCCCCUCCUGAUUACCUCUCCUGGCCCCCCCGGGGGGGGGGGGGGGGGGGGGGCAGUUUGGAGGGUUACUGAGCUGUGCGGCCCUCCUGUGGACUGAUGCAGGGCCAGGCACACACACACCGAGACAGAGAGAGGAGUGACAUGAAGCUCAAAGCCCUGUUUAGCAUCCCUGUUUGGGUUAUUCACUGGAAAGGACCGCAGAUCACAGCUGAUCGUGACAGAAUGCCCCUUAUCUUGUCAUUUAUUUAUAAAAGUAUGUCAUGUUUAUUUGACGCUGUUUCAUUUUGGUUCCUUUCGACAGGGAAGAGGGUGUCUCUGAACUGACAACAUUGUCAGUCGAAUAUGUAAUGACAUUACAUUUAAUGGCUAUCAUUUCCACCUGCUGCUUAGGUCUGUUAGAGAAAGGUUAUCCUGUCAGAAAUCUGUCUGCUGUUGGGGAGCCAUCCAGUAUUCUCCCCGUCCAGUACUUGAAUGUGAACGAUUAACCAUACAGUUCUUCCUCCCUCACUUGGUCUGCCCAUGUAGGCAAGCUGCUGAACCAACAAAACAAUACUCACAUUCUGGAAGACAAGGAUAUAUGACUAUCAUUUAAAGACAUUUCUGUCAUGCAAAGAUGUUACUGACAUAACAGUAAGGCAAAUCCAUCUGCUUCCAUUACAAACAGUUACUAGUAAUACAUCAAAUUGAACCUUAUAUAGAUGUCCUGUACAGUAAUAUUGAAUGUUAGGUUGUAUAGUAUUAUCAAGUUUUCUCUGUUCACUUCCUUAAUGGUUUGUUGUGUUUUUAAAAGUAGGAACUGCACGACAGCUGGUUAUAUAAUCUGUGAUGUAUAUUUAAAUACAGAUCCUUCUGUGCCAAUGAAUGAUCUCUGUCACCACAUCAACGCAACCUGUUUUUCUUUGAUUCCUAUAGUAGCUAAUCCUGACAACUUGUUUACCUUUGAUUCCUAGCUAAUCCUGACAAUGUGUCUAUUACUUCGAUUCUGGGAUUUAAAACGGUCUGUGUGAUGUCAUACCUGGAUGUAUGCACACAAACACUGCCUACUCUAAACGUGUUAAGCUCCGUGUGUAAAUAGGAAUGGCUCUGACACAGUUCAUACUGCAUCGAACCCAGUUAAGAGUGUAUGAAACAGGUAUGUGUGAGUUUGGGUUUGGUAGAGGGAAAGUUCUCUGUGGUCUGUGAUGAGCAAGGGCCGUGUUUUUUCGAAGUGUCGGUCUGCAGGAGUUAAGUUGCUGCCGGACCUGACAUUGACAUUGCGAGAGGAGACUUACUGAUUUGGAUGCCGUCUUGUUGUGAAUGCAGCUGUGCAGUGUCACAUAGGAACCCAGUGGACUGUGGAACACAGGUGGAACGUCUAGUACUCCCAUAGGGAAAUGGGGAACCAUGAGAAUGUCUCUGUGACAUCUUUUUGAUUGCUACAAAUAAUGGUACCAGGUAUGAGUGUAUGACCAUACCUUCUGUACAACUAGAAUUUGUGUGUGUGUGUAGGCCUACAACGUGUUGUUACUGUACGUGUGUGUGUGUGUGCUGUUUUACCAACCCCAUGUGAGCUUUCCCAGGGUACCUUCCAGAAGCUCCUUGUCUCUUCCACCAUGCUACCGUAUGUCCUCCAGACAUAUGACUGUAUUCCUGUAAAGAUCCUAUAAAGGCCAGAAUGUUGAGUUGGUGACAUGUAAAAAGUGCCAUAGUAAAAUCCGAUCUAUCUA